UUUAAAGAGGCUGUUAAGGGUCUUGAAUUCGCAACCCCACAUGGUUCUGUUGCUGCUGGUCUUGAUGAUUUGGGUAAAGAUGGUAUGAUGGAGGAUUGGGUUAAACAGUUUGAAGAAAUUGCUGGCUCUCAGGAUAUGGAAUCUAUUGUGGAGACCAUGAUGCAACAGCUUCUAUCCAAGGAGAUACUUGCUGAACCAAUGAAGGAAAUCGGAGAAAGGUAUCCUAAGUGGUUGGAAGAUCAUAAAGCCAACUUAAGCCAAGAAGAAUAUGACCAAUAUUCACAGCAAUAUGAGCUGAUUCGGAAUCUUAACGAAGUUUAUGAAAAAGAUUCGGGAAACUUCACCAAGAUUGUUGAGCUCAUGCAGAAAAUGCAAGAUUGUGGACAACCUCCAAAUGAUAUUGUCCAGGAGCUUUCUCCCGAAUAUGACUUAGCCAGUCUAAGCCAGUUAUCUCAAGAAAUGCCUGAUGGUUCUCAGCCAAAUUGUUCUAUAAUGUGAUGUUGUUUCCUCCCUCUUAUCACGCCGUAGCUGCUGGUUUGCAGAAUUUCAGGAAAAUUUAUUUUUCGCUUGUCAGAAUAAUAUAGUUUCAUGUUUUUUUUUCUGCUUACGGUAAGGUUACAGGUUCUCACUUUUUAUAGCCUCUGUUCAAGAUUGUAUAUCAUCCAAG